UUUUCCAAAUCAGUAUUCUUACGAUUCAUCAAGAUUAACACCCAUUAUUUUAUCUCAUAAGAACUCCUCGAUAUGAAACAAUCAAAAUUCAAAACAUUCAAAUCUUUUAAGCACGUAAAGCUCAUUAGUGAAAAUGAGCAGAAAUCCCUACUUCUCCCAACAACCUGUCUGAUAAAAACAACUCGAAUUUAGUUUAUAUUCCGUACAUAUAUAUUUUUUCAAUCAUUCGACGAUAUCAUAAAUUUUAACACAUAUCGUAGAGUAAUGAUCAUUACGACUACCGGCAAGUGAUGUGUAACUGAGUUGCGUAUUUUUUGUACAAAAAUUUCAUCAUACAUUCAAAGAGACCUCUCAGUUGGAGUAGGUUUUACUUUGUAUCAGUGAAAAAGUGUACCAGUGCUUUUGAAUUGAUAGAUAAUUCUUCAAGAACAUGAAGGCAGAUUUUUUGAUCUUUUUCAUCGGAGCUACUGCAUUGGUGGGUCAAGGAAUUAAUACUUUUUUCCCAAGGAUUGAAUUACCUACGGAACAAUUGAUUCGAAGCUAUGGUUACCAUGUUGAACUUCAUGAAAUCACCACCGAGGAUAAUUACAUGCUCACUAUGAUACGGAUCCCUGGAGGCAGGCACAGCAAUCGAACGAACAGCAAACCAAUUCUACUUAUGCAUGGCCUUCUUGGACAAGCUGAGAAUUUUAUAUCGAACGCAAUGAACAAUGCUAGUUUAGCAUUCAUGUUAGCAGACAAUGGUUAUGACGUAUGGUUAGGAAAUAGCAGAGGAAACGCCUACGGAAGGAAACACAAAUAUUUGAAUGUGACUGUUGAAGAUUUCUGGAAUUUCAGCUUCCAUGAAAUAGGCUACUAUGAUCUUCCUGCAAAAAUUGACUAUAUACUUGAUACAACAGGACAACAGCAACUUGAGUAUGUUGGACACUCACAAGGUGGAAUGGUUUUUUAUAUAUUAUCCUCUCUGAGACCAGAAUAUCAAGAAAAGAUAAAGCUGGCUUCUCUUUUGGGUCCAGGUGGAUUCGAAAACCAUUUUGCAAAUCCGUGGCUCCUUCCAUUCAGCAUAGUGCCUGAUGAAUUAUAUGCACUAUCACGGACUCUUAAGAUUUAUGAGUUUCCUCCACAAGAAAUAUUCGUAAUACUGCCGAUGAUUUGCAUGAACAAGGUCUUUCGAGAUAUGUGCGUAAUGACAAAUCAUUUGUUAUUUGGAAAUUCUGGAGAAUUCAAUAAGGAAAUGAUGCCCUUCGUGGCUAAGCAAGUGUGCAGCGUUUCUGUUAAGCAACUUCUUCAUUUUGCACAAAUUAUAGCUUCGGGACAUUUUAGGCCUUGGGACUAUGGCAUUGAAGAGAAUCGAGUAAUUUAUGGACAAGAUACACCACCCGACUACAACAUCUCUUCUAUCACUGUACCAACAGCAAUGUAUUACAGUUUAGGUGAUAAUUUAGCUAACUAUAAGGACAUCGAAAUCAUGUGUGACACCUUGCAGAACUGUGUAAGGAGAUAUCUCAUGCAGAAUAAAAAAUGGAAUCAUAUAGACUUUCUUUUUUCAAAAACGGCAAAGAAAGAACUUUAUGAUCCUCUUAUCGAAUUCUCAGAAGAAUAUGACUCAUGAUUCAUGAGUGAUGUAAUUAAUUUGUAUAUAGUUUGAAUGUUUAUAGAUUUAAUUUAAGUUAUUUUAUAAAUAUGAUGAUGUGAUAUUCCAACAAAAUGAUUGUAAUUAAAGUAUAUUACUUUGA